AUGAAGUUCAUCGACCAGUAUUUCAGCGAUAACCAGGGGUUUCAGCUCGACAUCGUCGGUUUCCUUGCCAUCCUCGGAGAAGGUUCCGUCGAGACCAUCGCCCAAGUAGCUACCUUGAGCUACCUCAUAUACGUUCCCCGCCUCCUCCCUGCGCCUCAGAUCUUCAUCCGACCUUCUCGCCCCGAAAAGUUAGAGACCACCGCGGGAGCCAAUGUCAUUGGAGUCCACUCAGGUAACACCGGGGAAGACAUCCACCAUGUGGCCCAUGCCUUGCACCGCGGUGACAAGUUGCGUCCCAACACCGUCACUUGUGUUCGAGUAAGAGAGAACGACAAACCCCGUCCGUCUAUCAAGAGGUUUGGUCCAUUGGCCUGGCUGGUAUUUCUGGGGGCGGCCAUGAGCGGUGCCCUGCUAGCGCUUUCCAUAUACUAUGAAGACGGGAUGUCGUUGCUGGCGACCGUGUUGCUGUCCUCCCUAAGCACCGUGACGGGCAUCGCCAACAAGUGGUCACCCACACCCAAUGACCCCAAACCCGAUCCUCACUCACCGCCCGGCGACGUGGUCAUCAAGUACCCUCAAGGCGCCUUUAUUGUGGUGACCUGCGAGGAGCGAACGGCGCGGUAUCUCUACUUCAACCCCAGUGAGCGUUGCAUCUACUCGGUGAAAAGCACGGCCAUCUAUCGAGGACUUUCGCUCAUUUCGACCUUGUUGCUCAUGGGCGGGGUGAUUUCGUUGGCCAACGCCAAGAUCCAGACCCAGACGGCCUUUGCGGGCUCCUAUAUGCUCAUCAAUAUCUUCUACUGGGUCGGCGCCGCCUUGCCUCCUGCUCAGCAUUGGGACCUCUCCCGCCUGGAGGUGGAGCACAUCGAAGUGCGUGGGGGAACGCCACCACGAAACGCCAAAGUCGACAACUAUUCGCCCACGUACACCGAGGCGCUGUGGAAGGCUAUUGCAGUGACAGGGACCAGCAAUUGGGUCAAGGAAGCUGGCUGGGCUCCCAAGACACCAGCUUGGAGCGACUGGCUCAACGAGGCGGAAGAGGCUGCCGUGGGCGAACCGCUGAAGUCAAGCCGCCAGAUGGUGGAUGGGCAAGAGGUUGAAGUCUGGACAAUCCGCAACUGGGACAGUCGAAAUGCGCUCUCGACUUUGUUACGGACCACGACGGAUAGAAUCCAAGUCCAGUCAAAGCGGGGAUGA